UGUGGAGUGUUUUGGUGAAGAUUCUUGUAUUUACGUGUUUCAUGUCUAAGAUUUUUCACGGAUCCCUCGGUGAGUCCUACGAUGGCGAAAGUGCGUCGGUCCAAUGAGUGGACUGAAUCCGACGCUGUUGCUGAAGUUGCUGCAGCGGAUCCAUCCGAUUUUGUGCUGGAAACGUUCCCUCCUGAAUAUGUGGACAGAAUUUCGAGGUUUAUAGCGUCUUCUUCUGUUCUCUGUUCGAGUCAGAACAGAGAGGAUGGUGCAGCCGAAGGAGAGCCCACUGAAGCAGACAGUGACUCAGCGGACAGCCUGUUCAUCACUCAGAAGCCUGUACCUGAGGCUGUGAGGUCAGGAAGACGCAAGCGCCGCGGCCUACGAUCAGGUCUCACGUCUCCCAGAGAGCGAGAGGAAAGUGAAGAUGACAGUUCACCUUCGGCCUCCCUUCAAGACACCAGAAGUAAAAGGAAAAAAAAAGAGACAAAACUCAGAAUGCCAAAGUACAGUUUCCCGUUCCUCAAAGACAAGAUGCCGAAAGCCAAGGGCAUUUUUUUAAGUGAAGUGCAAAACACGAGGCUACAUUAUUCUUCAAUGGGGGCCUUCUUUGAUUGUAUAAGAAAGCUGCAACAGAGCUAUCAAACCGUAGAGGAUCUGGAGUCAAAUUUACCAGCAAUUGACGUGAAUGGAGAGUGCAUAUCUCCAAUAUCAGAGUAAGUCUUUAAUGCUAGUUGAAAUGUUGUUUUGUUACUGAUUUCCUUAGUUGCCUUUAAAGCUUGUUUUUAUGUUUUUACACUGUAUUUCACUUCCUUUUAUGCAUUUGAAUCAUUUUUUUCUGUCUCAUGUUGCUAUUCUCACUACAUCGUAGAACAGUAAUAUAUAUUGGAAAGUGGUGAAUAAUGUAGCGAAAAAAAUGGCAAAGAAGGCAGGCUGUGUUUCAGACGCCUCAAAGUAUCCACUUUUUCUUCUGGAACGUGUUCAAGCAACUCCCGAGUCUUGUCAAAAGAUGAGUGGUGGGAUGUUUUCCUCCUUUAUGUAUUUAGACCAUGAGAGACACAACUAGGAUAAUUCAUAGCAUAUUAACAAAAAUUGAAAAAUGAAU